UGAAGCGGCUCCAUUCAUCCAUGCACACUCCCAUGGCGACUUCUUCUUGCCGCCUGGCCAUUUCAGUUUUACUAGUGUGCUUCUUACUUCUCCCGCUUGCCCAUGCAAGGCUCCUCCUUGCCAACAAAAACUCCCUUAACGAUAGCAAAUCAUUCUCCAUCAGAGGUGGCUCUGGUGAGGGGGGUGGACGAGGCUUUGGUGUGAGCAUCAGCCAUGGUGGGCAUGACACAUCAAUUGGUAUCGGUGGUGGGCUCGGAGGUGGAGCUGGCACUACCCAUGGUGGUGGUGCAAGCGUGGGUGGCGGAGCGGGUGUUGGUGUCGGCAUCAAUGUUGGUCAUGAUGGGGUUGAUGUUGGGAUUGGCGGGGGUGGAGGUGGAGCUGUUAGCGCCGGCGGUGUGCAUGCCGGAGGCGGUGGUGGAGGUGGUAUUGGUGUUCACAUAGGCCGUGGCGCGGUGAGUGUAAACAGUGGGGGUGGCGGCAGUGGAGGUGGAGGUGCAAAUGGGGGAAACGGUGGUAGUGGUGGCUUCGGAGGUGGUAGUGGCGUUGGACAUUCUGGCAGUGCGAUUGGUGGUGGUGGAGGGUUCGGAGAUGCAAAUGGUAGUAGUGGAAGUGGGGGGAAGUAGUGGAGUCGGGUCAGCUGUCGGAGUUGUAGGAGGCGGCUCUGGAGGUGGUGGUGGUGGUCAAGGUUGAUGCUAGUUAAUCUUAACUAUUAGUACUUAAUAUGUAUACUACACCUAUUAGUCUGGUGAUGAUUAUUUAUAGGCUAAGAUCUACUGAAAUAUUAAAUUUGUGCCCUUUAGUGUGUACGCAUACACAAAUAUAUGCCCAGUGCGUGUUUAUUAUUGUCAUGGCAAGUUUGGGACGUGUUGCACAGUCCUAACUAUGGUGAUACUGGUGAUAUAUUGCAGGGUACAUCCGUACAUGGAUUAAUCAGUACAACCACUA